AACGUGCAUAUUUUGUCUUUUCAAAACAGCGUCUUGUUUGUAGCUUCCUGAAUAGAGAUUUUCAUCGUUAACUCUCAACAGUCUACAAGUUCAAUAUCAUUUGAGCAAGUGUUAAUAGACUUAUUUCGUGUACACUACAAUUUCAACAAAAAUUAUGGAAAUCUUAGAGGCUAAAGUAACUUCUUCAGGCCAUUAUUCUGUACAUCUUAACUGGUCUUCCUCUCUGCUUCAGUUCAAAUAUGAGCUUUUAUGUGAAACAGAGAGAAUCUAUACUGUGGUACAGAAAAUCGAGGGUAAUAUUGCAGAAAAGGACAAGUGGCAGAUUGCAUAUAUAGGAUAUGGUGAACAUACAGUUGUGACGAAUCUUAAUCCAAGUCAAGAGUACCUGUUUAGAAUUCGAUUUCAUCGAAGUGAUGAUGUUUACUCUGCCUGGUCACCUUCAACAAAAGCCAUCACAGAAAAAGAACCAUACUAUGGUGAGAACUUACAUGAUGCUGUGAGCCAACAGGAAUUUCAAGAAAUUCAUAAUGUGUUGCAAUCUGGAAAUGUCAAAAUUGAUGUGCCAGAUAAUGAAGGUCUAAGUGCAUUAAUGAAUACAGCAAGACAAGGCCAAACUGAAAUUAUGAAAAUACUCUUGUCCUUUAAUGCUUCUGUUAAUGCUAAAGAUGAUAGUGGGAAAACAGCUUUAAUGCAUGCCUGUAUCCAUGGUCAGCUGGCAGCUGUGAAGAUCCUGGUCCAAAAUGGUGCACUCUAUGAAGAUUUUGAUUUGGGUGGGUCUGCUCCAUUGCAUCAUGCUGUUGAUAGCUGUGACUGUGACCUAAUUGAAUGGAUGAUCAGGAAUGGAGCAGAUGUGAACAUUCGAGAUAAAAAUGCUCACUGGACUCCAUUGAUGCGAUGUGCUUCUCUACAUGGUAACAAAUUAAUUGCUCUUACAUUGAUUCGCAAUGGAGCUGACAUUGAUCUCAGGGAUAUUGAUGGCAAGACUUGCUUAAUGAUUGCUGUCAUCAAUGGCUAUCAAACGUUGGUGGAAGUUCUCUUGGAAAACAAUGCUAAUAUUGUAAUAUACAAUAAGAAUGGUCAUACUGCAUAUAAAUUGGCCAUGUCACUUGAAAAAGAUUCAAUAAUAGAGAGCCUGAUGAAAUUUAUGGAAAAGCAUAAAAUUGAGUGUUGCUAAGAAGUCAAGGUGUAAAGUGAACAUUGCACAACUUAUGAAAUUUAGAAUUGUGAUAACAAGCUGGAAGUGGAGUUGGAGUGGCCUUUCCAUAUCUUUCUUUAUUUCUGUGUCUUUAUAUCUUACAAUUCAAUGUGCACAUGCAAUGGACAGAAUCACCUUUUGCCUGCUUUGUCUCUCUUAAAUAAUCUACUGGACAUUGGUGAGAGUGUUACAUCUCUGUAAUUAGACCUGUGCUUCUGAAACAUAUGACUUCAGUGUCACUGAAUCUUGUAUACUUUUCUAUCCUCAAAAACUCAAAGUUGAACAGAAGUAGACAACUUUCUUGGGACAACUUGACCUGUAAUAUAAUUCUAUCCUGUAAAAUUCUUACAAAACCAAUUGAAACAAUUUUAACAUAUUCCAAUAGUAUUGUUGGAAAUAAAGUUAUUUUUCUUCACUAAUAAACUACCAUACUCCUCUGGAA